AGCAGCACAUCAGCGCGCGCUCUCACGGAGCACACACUCGCAGCCUCAUCAAGCAGCAUUUCCAACAUGUUCAUGGGGAGAGGAUAUAAGAGGAGCGACCGCUGAACAUCUUGUUUUUUUACGCGGUUUUCAGAAGGUGAUGAACUUCCUGAGAUGAUAUGAAGAAGAAAACUUGAGAGGAUCCAGACUCAAAAGGAAACCCUGACACCGGAUACUGGUGCUGAUGUGCUGUUGCGCCCUCUUUCAGUGCCUCCUGUAGUCCGUCAUGGGAAACCACCCAACAUUCCUACUGCUGCUUCUACGGAUACUCACCACUGAGUUGUGUCAGGCUGAAGAUGAGUUAGUGACGACUGUGAUACCAUAUGAGGACGUGACUGAGAUCCCAGUAACCUCUACUGCCCUGAAGGUGUCAAGGGAGCAGAUCCUGGCAGCUCAGUUUGAGUGUUACCUAAAAAUACUGCACGACCCACCAUACACAAAGCCAGGGCCGUAUUGUAAUCGUACAUGGGAUGGCUGGCUCUGCUGGGAAGACUCGGCUCCUGGAACCAUCAUACAGUCCUGUCCUACUUAUUUCCAAGACUUUGACCCAGCAGAGAAAGUAACCAAAGUGUGUAAUAUGGAUGGACAGUGGUUCAGACAUCCUGACAGCAACCGAUUGUGGUCAAACUACACCCUGUGCUCGGCCUACACCAAAGAAAAACUCACGGUUGCUUUGACUAUGUAUUACCUGGCAGUGCUGGGGCAUACGCUGUCUGUGGUCUCCCUGAUUAUAUCCAUUUUUAUCUUCUCUUAUUUCAAGUGUCUAAGCUGCCAGAGGAUCUCUCUCCAUAAGAACAUGUUUCUGUCCUUCAUCUUUAACUCCAUUCUCAUGGUCAUCUCGUUAACGAUGAUCGUCCAUGGCGAGCAACUGGCUGCCACUAACCAGAUUGGCUGUAAGAUCUUGGCCAGUUUGAUUCAUUACGCAUCAUCCUCGACAUACUUCUGGAUGCUGUGUGAGGGGAUCUACCUGCACACACUCAUCAUUGUGGCUGUGUUUGUGGGAGAACAGCAGCUGGGCUGGUACUACCUGCUGGGCUGGGGAUUCCCAGUUAUUCCAGCUGUCAUUCACGCUGUAGCCCGUCUGCACUUCUAUGACGACAGGUGCUGGAUAAGCAACACUUACCUACUUUACAUCGUCCACGGCCCAAUCCACGUAGCCCUGGUGGUGAACCUCUUCUUCCUGUUGAACAUAGUGCGUGUUCUGAUCACAAAGCUGAGAGUGACCCACAGGACCGAGUCCAAUGCCUACAUGAAGGCUGUACGUGCCACCCUCAUCCUGGUACCCCUGAUGGGUGCUCACUUCAUCCUGGUGCCCCUGCAGCCCGAGGGCAGACUGCCCUUAGCUGUAUACGAGUUCUUCAUGAACAUCUUCAUGCAUUUUCAGGGGCUCCUGGUUGCCAUCAUCUUAUGUUUUGGAAAUGGAGAGGUGCACUCAGCUAUAAGGCGUAAGCUUGCCCAGUACCGGGUCCAAUGCAAGCAGCGCCUGGUGACGAUCGACUCUCACUCUCACAACUACCACACCAAUUCCUCCAUUGUCGAGACCAGCCGAGGGGCCUUGAGUCUGGAAAACAUGCCGCCCCAUCUGGAUGAGGACAAAACCCACACAGCCAUGGUCGUCAUCAACGGGCAGAGCAACGGCAAGAGCAGCUUCAGUGAGGAAGAUCACAAACCCAAAGUCCUAGAGUCGUCAAUGAUCUGACAAUAAAUUGAAAAGAGACUUCUUGAAAUCUUCAGUACUUAGCUCUCUUAAAGAAACAGGUCACCCUGAAUGUGAACAGUGAUUUAAAAAAGGCAGUUAGUAGAAAUUGCUUUAUACUAAUUGGUCCAAUUUUUCAUUUCAUUUUUAAAUGGCGUCCUCCGUUUAUCUAUUUCACAGGAAGAAGCAUGUAUUAACCUUUCUUAGGGGUGGACAAAUUUGUUUAGUUGCAGCUGCCCCAUGGACAACUAGAGAAAAAGAAAAGCAAUCAAUUUAGAAACUGUUAUGUUAAUUUGGUACGUAUCAAUGUUUAAACGUAACACGCCAGUGUUGUAAAUGUAGCCCUUGUUACAUGUCCUGAAUCCCACCACCUGCUGCACUACAAACAUUUUACCAAAUGGUUUAUUAUAGUCAGAUUAAUUAGAGAGAAAAAUAAACUAGAAAGAUUUUUUACCACCUUUUAUUAUUAUUAUUAUUAUUAUUAUUAUUAUUAUUAUUAUUAUUAUUAUUAUUAUUAUUAUUAUUCUGAUGGAUGUUUAAGCCACUGCUCCACAUUUUCAGUACAAUUAAUCCAUGUGAAAUGUGAUUUCAGUUACAAUCUACACUAAACAUUAGCUAGCUAAAUAUUAAGUGGUCAAUAUGUAAAAUAAGUAGUUUCAGCAUUUUUUGCUAACCAAACAGACUCAAGUUUAUUUCUUAUAUUUGCUCAAAAAUGUUUGAGGCUUGUCAAUUCGACAAGGUGAACAAAAUUUAUUCACUUUUAGUUUGCCGCUGUUUUAGCAGAAAAGGUAGAAAAAGCAUUGUCAUAUUGUCAAGAAAAUUAGCUGUAGCAGGCUAAUCCAUGCUAAUGCUAGCACAACAUACACAAUAUUCAACCUCCAUGGGUAAAUGUAUCCAGAGAUGUCAAGCAUUAUCUUCUUUGUGAAUUGUGAACAGAAAUGCUGUCUUUUUGUGACAUGAUGUACUACGUCCAUUAUUCUUUUGCAUUAGCCACCACUUUUUAGCUAGCUUCCCUGUAACAAAAACAGGACUUAGCAGCAUAUUGGGGCUUUUAUUUGUACUAAACAAUGAUUUUACAAUUUGUCCACCUCACAGAUUGGCCGCUUGGGCCCAUAUGAAGAGAUAUAAAUGAUGGGCUGCUAAUUUUCUUUGAUUGAAUUUGGGAUAAAUUGCUUAUAAUAGGUUUGGAUUCUGAGAAGUGGCUAUUUUAUAUCAUUACAUCCAGCACAUUACACAAGGCUUUAUGCAUCUGUAUGUGCAUAUGAUUAAAGAGUUUGCCUAAUUCUCCUGUAGAAAUAGUUUAGAAAAGGUAAAAAUGGACAUUGUACAUUGCAUCAAACCCAUGAUUUGCCACUAUACUUAUUUGUACAUAGUGAUUAUUUUUUGUCCUGCAGGACUGACCCACACGGAGAAAACAAUUCACGGAUGUCAGAUUGUUUGUUUCUGCACUGAGUACAUUUGAAAUAUGUAAUUAUGUUUUAAAUAUGUGUAUAAACAUUUGUAAAUAGGUGUUCUGUGUGUUUUUCACCCAUUGCAUUCUCUCAUUUUUAGUGGAGGCUUUGUUUCCUCCUUCUCUAGGACUUAAAGUGAGUUUGUAGAAAGUCGUGUGUGUUAAUUGCUCGUAUCUAUCUCAUGGUAAGAUUUAUUGACUGAAACAUUCCACUCAAACUUCCAAUGUGUGAAUAAAUGCCAUUUCUUUAUUUGUGUAAUGGACACUAUUGUUAUAUAAGAGCACAAUAAACAUUAUUGCACUGGA